CCCCCUUCACACUCAAUUCUUUCAACACACACAUACACACACACAAACAAGUUCACAUUUCCCCCAAAUUUCAUAAUUUCCACUCAAUCACCAUGACAGAAUCACCACCACCACCGGAAUCCCAACCACCGCCGCAGAUAUACAUACACCCCCGCCGUGAGCCAUUCGAACACGGCUUAAUUCCUUUACAAAAACUAAUCUUCACAGACGGUUCUCAAACCCUAAUUCCACUCCGUGACAAAUUCCUUCAAUCAUCAGUUUCAAAUAACCGAAUUAAUUCAGCUAUCAUUUCCGAAACCCUAGGGAUUUCCGACGAACACGCGCGUCUUGUGAUUGAUAUAAUCGCUUCGGUUCUGCAUUCGGAUUCGGAUCCUGUCGUCGUUGCGAAACCGGAUGAGGUUGAUUCGGUUGGCGUGAAUGUAUAUGAUUUGAUUAUAUUUUUGUAUAUACAGUCUUAUAAGAGAUUGCUUCCUAGAGGUCAUAAGGAUUCUGCUGCUGUUGCUGAUGUCUGGCCUUCUACUUCCGCUUUCGACGGCUUUUUAUCCGCGCUUACGCCUUUGCAGCUUGUGCGCAGCAAUAGCCGGAGAUCUAUGCCAUCACAAGCUGAUGAAGAGGCUCAUCAGUUAUCCUAUUUGCAGAAGCAUCUUGGAAACAUAAUCACUCUUUUGGCUGACUCUGUGGAAGGAGAAGAAUCUUUGGUUUUGACGAUGGAGAAGUUUGAGCAUCUUGGGUUUUUGAUCUACUUUGGUGAAAAAGGAUCGGAGAAAACUCCGUUGAGCCAGAAUGCACCAUUUUUCGCUAAUUCAGAUCCAGAUAUGCCAGCCGCUCCAGUUCCUGCAUCUCAGGUUCAUGAUUGGAUCUUACAAAGUAUUUCUGAUGCAUUGGAUCGAAUCUCGGAAAGAGUUGCUGCGAAAGAGAAUGGGCAAGCCAGUCCUUCUGAUCAUGACGUUUUAAUGACUGAUGCUUCUCCUACCUUUAAGGCAUCUACUAGUGCUAAGGGUCCCAGUUUUAUAGAGGGAAUCUCUAAACAAGCAUACGUAAAACAGGCUCCUGAACUUAGCGGAUCGUUUGUAAAGGUUGUUAAUUGCCAUGAAUCUGUCAUUUAUGUGUUAGCUCCUUUGAAAUAUGCCACCAUAUAUGGAUGCUCUGAUGCGACUAUAGUGCUGGGCGCUGUUGGAAAGGCUGUAAGAGUUGAACAUUGUGAGAGGGUUCAUGUAAUUUCAGCAGCAAAACGAAUCUGCAUUGCUAAUUGUCGUGAGUGUAUAUUCUUUUUGGGGGUAAACCAGCAACCCCUUAUUGUUGGUGACAACCAUAAGUUGCAGGUUGCACCAUAUAAUACAUUUUACACGCAAUUGGAGGAACACAUGGCACAAGUUGGAAUCGAGGCUACUCCAAACAGAUGGGGGGAGCCUGUUGCAUUGGGCCUUAUUGAUCCACAUGAUUCUCUCUCUCAUCCAGCUGGUGUAUCCGAUUGUCAAGCCGAGUCAGCUACUUGCAUUGACCCUGAUCAGUUCACAAAUUUCUUAAUUCCUAACUGGCUAGAAGGACAAGCUUCUGGAUCCACAAAAGAUAAUCCAUUUUCAUUGCCCGAAGCCUAUCAGUCAAGUCAGCGGAGAAAUGAAAAUAAUUUGGUGGAGGUUCAACAGAUGUUGAGAGAAGCAGCACUGGAAGAUGGCAGGAGAAAGGAAUUGUCAAAUGCACUUCAUGUCUACUUUAGAGACUGGUUAUAUGCCUCCGGGAACAUUAGACAACUAUAUUGCCUGCAAGGUGAAUAGAAGGGUGAAGUGUAGUUGCAAUCAAGUCAAGCAAAGGAUAUAAAACUUUCAAGAGGGGCAAGUCGCUAAUGCCGUAUAUGUUGCUGCUGCUACAAAGUUAAAAUCAAAUUUACAGCUCAACUUGUAAUAUCUUGUUAACUCCUUGUCCCUCUUGAUGAAUAGAAUAAAAUCUACAUUUUUUAUUUUUUAUUUUGUUUUGUUUAGAGUCCCCGAGCUUUGAUUUAUGUUUCAAAUAUGUAUCUUUGCCUAAUCCAAGGGUAACUGCCGUCUGAGUUUUUAUCACUGUGUAGACCCCUUUGCAGCUUAUGCAUUUUUCUGAAUCCAAUAGGUAUGUUGCACUUU